AGUACUUCACCUUCAUUUAACAACUCUUAAUGGUCUUUUUUUUUAGAUGCAGAGAUUCAUAAACAGUUCCUAAAAAUUUACGCAUGACCUUUGAAAAUCUACCGCACCUGCAUGCUUCUUUCCAACAAAACUAAAUUUUUGAAGCAGGAGAGGGUUGGGUGAGGAUGCAUAUUUCUUGCCAGAGUGCUUAACACCGUUGGACCUCUUUUCAGGAGGAAACCGGUCCCCGCAGACGUCGCACGGCCUCUCCUCGCCAAACACUCCUACGCGAAGCCCGCGGAGUCCAAUCGCUCCAGGGUAGCCCAGGACCACCCCGCACACUCCGGGGGCCCGAGCCUUUCCUUUGCGCUCAGUCUCCUCGUGGCGCUGUUCCUUUAAUAACUGCGUGCGCUGCCAGAGUGUGCGGCGACGGGCUGGUUCCUCCCGCCUCCUCGCCGCUCCCUUCCCCCUCCCAUCCGAGUUUCAGGUGAAUGGGUCAGCGAGGGAGGAGGCGGCCACACCACACUCCCGCGCCAGGGUCCACCGCCCCCCUCCCCCCGCCCUUUCUCCUUCCUCUGGACGAGGCGGCAGGACUCCCGGGAGAGCUGGCCAGAACCCCGAGGAGCCGCGCGGGGUGCAACAGAUUGGCUUAUCUUGGGAGCUGCGGGGCGUUGCUUAGCCUGAAGAUCAGGUGACCACUGACAUCAGCCAUGUCUUCGAGACCUUUUGAAAGUCCCCCUCCUUAUAGACCUGAUGAAUUCAAACCCAGUCAUUAUGCACCAAGCAAUGACAUAUAUGGUGGAGAGAUGCACGUCCGACCAAUGCUCUCUCAGCCAGCGUAUUCCUUCUACCCAGAAGAUGAAAUUCUUCACUUCUACAAAUGGACCUCUCCCCCAGGAGUGAUUCGGAUUCUGUCCAUGCUCAUUAUUGUGAUGUGCAUUGCCAUAUUUGCCUGUGUUGCCUCCACACUUGCCUGGGACAGAGGCUAUGGAACUGCCCUGAUGGGAGGUGGUAUAGGCUACCCUUAUGGAGGAAGUGGCUUUGGUGGCUACGGAAGUGGCUAUGGCUACGGUUAUGGCUAUGGUUAUGGCUACGGAGGUGGCUACACAGAUCCAAGAGCGGCAAAGGGCUUCCUGCUGUCCAUGGCUGCCUUUUGUUUCAUAGCUGCAUUGGUGAUAUUUGUUACAAGCGUUAUAAGAUCUGAACUAUCUAGAACAAGAAGAUACUACUUGACUGUGAUAAUAGUGAGUGCAAUCCUGGGCAUCAUGGUGUUUAUUGCCACAAUUGUCUAUAUAAUGGGAGUCAACCCAACUGCUCAGGCUUCUGGAUCUGUAUACAGCACACAAAUAUAUGCCCUCUGCAACCAGUUUUAUGCACCUGCAGCUACUGGACUCUACGUGGAUCAGUAUUUGUAUCACUAUUGUGUGGUGGAUCCCCAGGAGGCCAUUGCCAUUAUACUGGGGUUCAUGGUUAUUGUGGCUUUUGCCUUAAUAAUUUUUUUUGCUGUGAAAACUCGAAGAAAGAUGGACCAAUACAACAAGUCAAAUAUUUUGUGGGACAAGGAACAUAUUUAUGAUGAGCAGCCCCCCAAUGUUGAAGAGUGGGUUAAAAACGUUUCUGCAGGCACACCAGACAUGCCUCCGCCCCUUUCAGGCUCUGUGGACAGAGUGGACAGCCCCCUGGCCUACUCUUCCAAUGGCAAAGUGAAUGGCAAGAGGUUGUAUCCUGAGUCUUCCUAUAAAUCAACACCGGUGCCUGAAGUGGUUCAGGAGCUUCCUGUGACUGUCCCUGCAGACGACGUCAGGCAGCCUCGUUACAGCAGCAGUGGUAACUUGGAGACGCCUUCCAAAAGGGCUCCCACUAAGGGAAGAGCGGAAAAGACCAGGAGAUCAGAGCAAGACCACUAUGAAACAGACUACACCACUGGAGGCGAGUCCUGUGAUGAGCUGGAGGAUGACUGGAUCAGGGAAUAUCCACCUAUCACUUCAGAUCAACAAAGACAACUCUACAAGAGAAAUUUUGACGCUGACCUGCAGGAAUAUAAGAGCUUACAAGCAGAACUUGAUGAGAUCAAUAAAGAACUCUCUCGUCUAGAUAAGGAAUUGGAUGACUAUAGAGAAGAAAGUGAAGAGUACAUGGCUGCUGCUGAUGAGUACAAUAGGCUGAAGCAAGUCAAGGGAUCUGCGGAUUACAAAAGUAAGAGGAAUUAUUGCAAGCAGUUGAAGAGCAAAUUGUCACACAUCAAGAAGAUGGUUGGAGAUUAUGAUAGACGGAAAACAUAAAAGACAGACAAAGGCAGAUGUCACAUUGUUUAAGACAUUAAGUAUUGGACAUCCCUGCAGUGCUGUCGGAAGACAGUGACUGUGGACUGUGACCUGGGAGGCUAAACCUUUGUGAUCAUUACAAAGUUUUGUUAGUUUAACAUCAUCAGUAUUGAAGUAUUUUGCAAAUACCUUUUGAUAACCAACUGGGCUGAACACUCCAAUUAAGGAUUUUAUGCUUUAAACAUUGGUUCUUGUAUUAAGAACUAACUAUUGUUUGAGCUUUUUAAACCCUUAAAGAAGGCUUUGGAGUGAACUGUGCUGUGAAGUUUCACACCCUAAGCAGUCAUGUCUUAAUACCUAAGUGCUCUCAUUAGUUCACAUGAGUGACCUUGUUUAAUUCUCCCAAGUCCUCCCUUUAGGUAACUGUUUUAUUUUUUUAAUUAUAGUAUCAUUGAUAUACAAUCUUAUGUUGGUUUCAAAUAUACAACACAAUGGUUAAUGGUUACCCAUCCUCACCCCCUCUAGUGCAGUUACUAUCUAUCAAGUAAGAUGCAGGUAACUUAUUUAUAAUCAUUCCUUUUCAGCUGAGGAAACUGGUCCCUGGAAUAAAGUCUUUGAAGUGAAACUGCUUGUUUCCUAUCUUGUAGUUUUGGUUAAAUCUGUUUUAUAACUCCAUUAAUACGGUCCCUGUCCUUUCCUAUUUUAGCUAUAGUCAUUCCACCAAACCCUCUAUUGAUUUUUUUUUCUGUGUAUAUAUGAUUAAAAGAACUUUUUAUUAUUUUGUGUUAUCCUGAUAAUAAAGAUCAUAUAAAAGUAAUAAAUUAUGAAAUUAGAGAUUGUAAAUAUAUAUUUACUUUUAAAAAAUCAAAAUUUAAACCUGAUUAUAAUUUUGUAUAUUUUUAAGUUCUUUUUAAUCUUUUAAUCUUUUGUGGUUUACAUGCAUUUUUUUUUUUAACUAACUAGGCCUUUCCAUUGUACAAUAUAUCCAAUGACAUUUAUAAUUCAGUUGUGACUUGAAUUGUAUCUUGAAGGAAUGUUCAAGUUCUGUACAUAUUUUAGAAGGUAUUAAACCUGGCAUUUUCUUUCUAUAAUAUACCUGCUGGACAUCAUUAGUACUAUUAAUAUUAAGCUGUGGAAAACUACACUUACCAGUUGUAUCUGUUACUGUUUUAAACUGUUUUGGGUGCUGUGCUUGUUGCUAGUUUCCCAAUUCUUUGACUAUAAGAAGGCUGAUUUGUUUAGAUAUAGAAUGCAAUACCACGAAUACCAAAAUAUUUCAAAUGGUGCCUUUAAAUCUCAGCACUUUUUUUAAUUCAAAUUUUUAUCAAUAAAAUAAAAUUAGCUGAAAAACGGUAUAUAGCUAGACAAGUUGUGAUUAUCCCCCUAGCUUACGACUGUUUUUCUGAAAAAAUUUUGAAGUUUAACAUUUAAAUUUUAUUAUGUAGUUCAGACAUUUGUUUUUAAUUUUUUAUAUGCAAGUCUGAAUCAUUUUCUAAAGAUACACUUUUAAAUGUUUUAUUAUAACAGAUUCUUCAAAUUGAAGAAAUUCUUAAUUUUCUAUGUGCUGUAUACAUACUACAAAAGGUAGUUUAUGCUUUUCAUACCUUUUGUAUUCGUAAGGACUCUCUUGAGCAACUUAAUUUUUAUGUAUGUUAAAAUUUAAACUCUUUGUUCUUAGAAGUCAAUAUACCUAGGUUUAUGAAGGCAGUUUUGUCAGUAUGUACAUUCAACUGAAUGCACCAAAUCAAAUAGCAUGAAUUUAUGUUGUAAAAUUAUGCCAUAAAAUUGGACUUUGAAAUUUAAAAAAAAAUCAUCUUUCAAAUAUGGUACUUAAACUAAUAAACACUUUGUGAGCCAGGAUCAGGAUUUCUGUUGGGUUGGCAUUAACUAGCUGGAUGGAACUUUGAAAAGCCACUAAGACAGUUUUCUAGUCUGGAAAAUAGGAGGUUUAGAUUAAAUUUCACAGGUCUCUUGCAUCUUAUGCAAGACCUUCUGUGAUUCUUAUGUCUGCGUUCUGUUUUUUGCUAUAAACCAUGGUUCCAAAGUCUGUUGUUAAAGCAUCUGAUAAAGUCUCACUGCAAAAAGUGAGUCCCUUACAUGUGUGAUUCUCUGUUAAAAGUAGAUAAGCUCAAUGUUUUAAUUUCACUUUAUUUUGAAAUAUUUAAAGAAAUGCAGAAAACUGUAAACUACAUGUAUCAACUACCCAGAAAUAGCAGAUGUUAACUUUGUCAUCGUAUUUUUUUAAAUAAAUUUAAGUAUUGGUA